AUGGCUCUUGAGCCCGGAUCCGGUCGUCGCUCAGUGUCUCCAGAGAGCUCAGGUCGAGACUCUCCCAUUCCACGGCAAUGGAGGAACCAGCUCGGUGAAGAGGAUUAUGCUAUCAAGGAUAAAUCGUAUCGCAAAUAUGCCCACGGAGUUGACAGAGCACUUGUAUUAUUUGAAACUGCUCUAGAAGAAUGGGCCGACUACAUAUCGUUUCUAAACAAGCUUUUGAAAGCUUUACAAGCUCGGCCAAAAUCUGUCAAUGCGAUUCCAUCCAAGGCGACUGUCGCGAAACGACUUUCUCAAUGUCUUAACCCCUCUUUGCCAUCCGGUGUGCAUCAAAAAGCUCUGGAGUUGUAUAAUCUGGUAUUCUCAGUCAUUGGGAAAGAUGGCCUGUCAAGAGAUCUUCCGCUGUACUUGCCAGGGCUGGCCACAGUCCUCUCCUUUGCUUCGUUGUCUGUACGAGCGCCUUAUCUCGACCUCCUCGAACGGCACUUCCUCGGCAUCGACCCUCGAUCACUCCGCCCAGCAAUGAAAUCCAUGAUUCUUGCCCUACUUCCUGGAUUAGAAGAAGAGACGAGCGAAGACUUUGAACGGACGUUACGCUUAGUCGAGAGCUUCAAGCAUGCAAUUAGGCCACUAUACAGCGAAGAGAUCACUGAACAACAUUCUUCGGGCGAUACUUUCUUCUGGCAAUGCUUUUUCCUAGCCUCGAUAACCAGUCAGAGCCGUCGCUCUGGUGCACUUGCAUAUUUGAUACGAUUCUUGCCAACCUUGGGACCACAGGCUACCCCUGAAGACAAGACAGCACAAAGCAACACCAAUGAGGACAUUCAAAGCAAACUCGCCACCGUUGUCACGUCCCCAGAGCCGGGGCUGUUGCUGCGAUGUUUUGCAAGUGGUCUCUCAGAUGAGCAGUUACUAAUCCAGCGUGGCUUCUUGGACCUGUUGGUUUCUCAUCUCCCCCUAAACGCCCAUGUCAUUCAAUCGCGGGUUAAACCAGAUGAUCUUGAAUUGCUUCUCAAAGCCGCUGUUGGUGUAGUCACUCGGCGUGAAAUGAGCUUGAACAGACGUCUAUGGGCGUGGCUGCUAGGGCCCGAACCGAUAACUGAACAUGAUCACAGUGGCGAGACUCCAGGCAGCCCUCCUGCAGAUCAACACAGCUUUGCAGCCUCGAGAACUCAUUAUUUCGAGGACUUUGGACUACGACCUCUGACAAAAUCCAUACUACAAAUGAUAAAGAGCAGCUCUCAUAAUGCUGCCAGUGAACGCGCCAAGCCUUAUAGAAUAUGUCUCUCGUUGAUGGAUAGGUGGGAGAUUGGCGGUCUAGUUGUACCUGAAGUCUUUCUUCCUAUGAUCGAAAGCGUGCGGCACUUCAAAGAUCAUGCCUCAAGCAAAUCAGAGUUUAACGAAAUCUUGCCAAGCGCCAGUACUUUCUUUGAUGGUAUUGAGAGUGGGCUCAUCUAUAGUGAAAUUGCCGGACUUCUUGCACAGGCUCUAGGCCCGGGAUCCCUCAGCGCACACGAGCGGAAAGACAAGCUUUCACUAGUGAGCUUCAUCUUGGCAAAUUUCAACGUUCGAGAGGAAGAAAUGGUCACAAUCCAUGCUCCUCUGUGCUGCUUGACUGCUCUGGCUAUGCUAGGAGACUUCAAAGAGCGUAUAUCGACGCACGGAAGCGCAGAUUCGCAACUGCUCUCUCUGUCCAGCCAGGCCCAGAGUGUUGCUCUCUCGCUUUUAGACCUUAUACCAGAAAGAGUGUUCCCUGAUAUCACAGAAGAUCUGAAGAAAGAGAAGAGCAGCUCGACCCUACCUUCUAAUGGUGAAAUAUUGAAAAAUUCACAGAACUUUUAUGUCAAUGAGCAGGGUAAUAUUGAAGCAUCUCCGCCGCCAUUCAGUGCUUCAACAAUAGGACAGACUAUUCUGGACAAGGCUGCUCAAUUUGUCUGCCAAGAUCUAGGGUCGUCUGAGACUGAUCUCAAUGCUUGCGUCAGGCUCCUCGUUCAUGCAGUAUAUAAGACUCCAAAGACAUAUCAAGUCAAGGAAAAACAACUCCUAGAGCUUAUGCAUGGCCUUCUCGAGCAACCGGACAUUAUGGCGUUCCCUUCUUUCUCAGCUAUCUUACAGCUAUCAACUCAGCUGUAUGACGCUGAGCGGAUCGAGACAACUCAACUCUCCAGCCUGAUACCUCUUCUUGUCCGACAUGCCUGGGCAUAUAUUUCGGCAUCUGAGCCAAAGUACCAUGUGGAAUCAGUCAGGGGUUUAUGGCAAUUGCAAUCAGCUCUCUCGACAUCCAACCGCGAUAUCGAAGCGGCGCUUUCCAGUCUUAUCAUUGCACAAGACACCUCCCGCUUUCGUGGUGCCGAGCUUGUAGACAAGGGUCGUGCCUUGAGUGUAUUGUGGUCACACACCCUUCAAGACAACGCCCCCGCCGAACGGAGAGGUUCAAAAACACCGGUCCAUGAUAUUAAGAGCCUUCCUCGGCUUGCUGGAGCAGACAAUUACGAAGUCAUGCUCACGCAGCCGAUAUUCCUUAUACUUGAUGCUCUAGAAGAUGAUCGGACCCAACUCUAUAUGACGGUGAAGUCGUGGUUGAAUACUAUGCUAGGCAUUGAUCGGCUGUUUCUAAUAUUCGUUUCUAAGCUGUCUGAGAUACCAUUUCUACAGACACUGGCACAGAAUGACGUGAAGAACGAUCAAGUCUCAACAUCGUUCUCCGAGAGCGAAGAUUUAGAUCUUGCCCUUUACUACUUACGAACCCUGUCAAACAUACUGGCGUGUGCUGGGGAGAUUUCUUGGACUGUGCUGGUGUCUAAGCACGUUUCAUUUCAUGGCCAUCACAUACAGAUCAGCUCUGGGGGCGAAGAGCAUGAGAUGACAUUGCAGGAGUUCUUCGUCAACGCAUGCAUGCGAUGCAUAACAACAAAUCCCACCGAAACAGCUACACAGGGGUCUGACGAUCGUGUCAACCAACUCUACCGAUACGCUCUUAGCCUCCUUCACAAGUUUCUCAAUAGCCCCUUUGCUGCCCAUCUAUCAGCUCAACAUCUUGAGAACGUGCUUAUCGAACGACUUGAGAAGUCGCUUCAAGGCUCCGAUGCAUAUGUGCAGGUCCUCUUACUUGAUGCAGUUUAUGAUACACUAAAGCUUCGAUACAUUGCUCCCAUUGAAGCUCCUGCGUCUCCCAUAUCUGAACGAAGGAUGUCAUCACUUGAUCCCCGAGGAAGUCGCCCAUCACUUUCAGCACCAGAGGUCCGACAAAUCAUGACACCGCCACCUCAACUUCUUCAAUCCCUUCAAGACGGCCUCAGCUCGCCCAGCAGCCGCCCAGUCCUCGAUAGCUGGGUUGCUUUUGUAUCCGAGUGCCUGCCAUUGUACUCGGAUUCCAUCUUCCAGGUAGUUAUUCCUCUUGUGGAGACACUUUGCAAAGAAAUCGACAUGACCUUUGCUAAUUUGAGGGGAACCUUUUACUCGAAUUCUCUCUCCAUCGGCGGCGAGGAACAAUCUCCCGAAUCUACACUGAUCUUUCUGCUCAAUGGCCUUGAACAAGUGCUAGCAAGAGCGCAUCAGCGACUUCUAAAUGAAGAGGCUCGUACACAGGUCGUUAAGGGCCCGGACCAGCCCCAAUCACUCUUUGGAAGUAUGGUAUCAAAUGUCUGGCAGUCAGACAACACUCAAUCCCGCAGUGCUACAGCAAACGAUCGACUGACUGUCCAUCUGGCCUUCCAAGACGCGGUUCGCAUUUGCUACAAGAUCUGGACAUGGGGUCAAGGUGAUGACUCAAGCAGACAAGAUCAGGGCUCCUUUGGGUCGUUCAACUAUACAUCUCUGCGCAUGCGCAAUCGCUCUAGAAGGCUUCUGGAACACCUUUUCGCUGCGGAGAGCCUUGAGUGUCUUGAGACCGUUAUUGCUAGUUGGAAACAAUCGACCGAGGAAGGAGAACCCACCCAGGUUUUCAAUAUGCUAUCGGCAUUAGAGGCAUGUCGACCAAAACACUGUGUUCCGGCUCUCUUUGGUGCCAUCUACCGACGUACGAGCGCUGGCAACGCCGAUCCCACAUCAAAGUCGACGAUGACAAUUUCUCUGCAAGAUACCGACCUCGUUAAGUUUCUGGUGGAGUAUACAAAGACACUGGAUGAUGAUGCUAUGGACGAGAUCUGGCAGGACUGCAUGGCCUUUCUCAAGGACCUUUUAACAAACCCAUUCCCGCAUCGACAGACAUUGCCAAAUCUUCUAGAAUUCGCUGCUCUUCUAGGAGAGAAGGUCGACAAUACCAACUUUGGGGAACAAAGAAGAAUGAGAAAGGAACUAGGGGACACCUUCAUCCGUCUGCUUGCUGCUCUGUUCACUACAAGGCCUAUUGCAUUUGCAGAUCCAGCAAUGUCAAGCGGCGGCAUCCCCAAAUCCGAUUCCGGUAAUACUAUCAAUGGAUAUGGCGACGGGCCAGAUGACGUUGUUUCUAUUCUGGCCGGCAUCGUUCCCAAGUUAGCAAAGAUUCUCGUCGAACCCGACAGAGUGCUUUCAGCCUCGGCGACUAUUUCAGCCAAUGUCAUCGGACCAACACUCAGGGCCAAGGGGUUUCCUGAAAUAGUCACCGAAAACACCAUGCGCCUUCUCCAUGAGUUGUCGAGAGUACAAAAUAACCAAAAGAAUUGGAAGAAGGACGUGGGUGACGCCUUCAAUGACGUGAAGUUCUUUGGAAUGGACUUGGACCUGGUGAAGGACGAUUGGCUGCCACUGCUAAAGCAAUGGACUUUUACCGACAAAGAAAAGAUGUCAGAGAUUGUUAGUCGCAUCAACGCUCCUUCGACAGCUGGUAUUGUGUUUGGUGUUGGUGCAACGUCAGCCCGUCUCGAGGCUGAUCGCAAGACGCAACUCAAUCUUCGAAGAAUUGCAACUCUGAUCCUCGCAGGCUCAGAAGAUGCGUUUGUUUCGGAUUUGUCAGACAUAUUUGGAAAGCUGGCUGAGCUUCUCGGUGCCUCCUCAACGUCGUCACCAUCAUCAACCACUCGAGCAGACAUCUACAUGGUGUUCCGUGCUCUUGCUCUCAGGACCAGUGCAAUUCAUCUGGGCAUGCUAUGGCCAGUAGUCAAUGCUGAGAUCCAUGCAGCUAUCUCUUCCGUUGCUGCAGCCGAUAAUAGUGCUGCUUCUGACACUUACACCAACGCCUCUGUCCUCCAAGCCUGUAAACUGUUGGAUCUUCUGAUUUGCGUUGCGCCAGACGAUUUCCAGCUCCAUGAGUGGCUUUUCAUCACUGACACUAUCGACGCCGUAUACAGGCCGUCAACCUAUCAGCCUGUUGCUCUCGUUGACGAGCUUUCCGACGAGCUUGGCGCCACUGCGACUGCUUCGAAAUUCCACUCCUCCUCAGUGGUAAAUCCCGUAGUACAGGGCUCGUCUCGAAGGCCGCUACUCGGACCAGGAGGCAUUAACGACGAUGUCAGUCUCGAAAGAAAAGAUGAGUUGGUAGUCAAGGUUCUCCGGCCGUUCUUUGGACAACUCAGCAUCUUUGCAUUUGAAUCUACUUAUGCUAUGGGACGAGUCGACAGAGAGGCAUGUGUAUUAAGCUUGUUGAAGGAUCUUUUUGAUGAGCAAAGUAUAGUUAGAGCACUAUAG